AUGCCAACCUUCAACCCCGGUGCCCAAGGCUACUGUGUUUGCCACGUGACGGUCCUUAGGAGCAUAAUAUUGUCGGAUGCUGGCACGUGCUGGGAGGCGAAGAACACCAGAGGAUUGGCAGGCCUUGAGCCAGUCACAACGGAGCUGUCUCUGCAGGAGUGGAUGAUGCUCAGCCGCCUGCUGGAACUGGACCUUGAGGAGGCAGAGAGCAGCUUCGACCACUGGGAGAUGAAGAAGAAUAAUGAGGUUUGCAAGGCUUGUGGCGCCAAGUUUUAUCCGGAUGCGAAGUACUGUCACAAUUGUGGCAAGAAGCGGCCAACACUCGCGGAGCUGCAAGCGGCCAGAAGCCAACAGCACGUGGGCUUCGUUGCCGCAAGAAGCAGUGAAAGGGUGCCUCUCGCUGCCUUCUUGGACGAGCACGGCAUCAAGCAAUCGGACCAUGAUUCCCUAGAACAUGUGCAAGACAUGCUGGAGAUGGGUCGGCAGAAGCUCGCGGGAUACGAACACUUGCUACAGCCUUCUGGUGCCAUGGGCGACGUCUGCGAAAGUGUGAUACCCAUUCUGCACAUAGCUGUCCUCGGCCCGCAUGUCUGGAUGAAUGUGUCACGUGCGGUGGCGCACGUGGCGUCUGGCUUAGUCAACUCGUGGGUAAACAACCACGUUCCAUCGGUGGCCAAUCCAACCAAGAAGACGACCUCGUAUUACAGAUCUAUUCUGCUCCCGAACCCGCUCCACGAAGGUGACGACUUCACAGCUCUGAUAGAAGUGACGGACUGCGUGCUUCAGGACGACGCCGGCAACCUUCCAGUGGAGCCGUACAAGAAGUUCUGCAAAGCCACUGGGGCCUCGGAAGGAAUGAUGGAGUCCUACAAGCACCCAAUGCACAACUUUGAGGUUGAGUCUGCAGAGCCCCCUCUGCUCGCCAAAAGUCGCAUGGGUUUUAUCGUCCUCUUCGACGCGACCUCCGCCUCUUCUUUUGAAGCAGUGAAGACAUAUUUGUCGGCCCAUCCUCUCAUCGCCGAGGAGGCCGAAAAACUCGACAAAAGUCUUCCGAUCCGCUUUGUUGCCAACAAGAUAGACAUGCACGAGCACACAGAGGACAUCAAGGCCAACCUCGCUGCAGCGACGGAGCUCUGCUACGAGCUGGGGCUUGAGUCGGAGAAGCUGAUGAGACAGAUAUCCGUUACAGAUUACACCGGUGUACGGGAGUUGUUUGCGGAGCUUCUGGAAGAGUGCAUCGAGGAGAUGCUAGGCAAGAUACAAAUAUCAAGGAGCUGCUCGAAAAAAGAAACUGGAGGGCGGCGACAAAUGCGCAAUGAUGUGAGUCACUUCGUCUACUUCACAGUCCAAGUCCUUCCGGCCACUUUGAGCGGAAAGAGCAUAGGCUGGCCGUGGCAAAGUCCACUCAGAAGCUGGCUUGUGCAGAAAUGGCUUGCGGUACUAGCGCAGCUGCAGACAAGUUCCGAAGCUGACAGCAUGGUUGAGCACGAGCUGCCAUGCCUUGAGGCGAACGGUGAAAGCCGGGAUCUAGGCUAUCUUGACCAUGCCACAGACAACGCACUGGCUGUUGCCGUUUCGCAGGUGCUUUGGGGCAUCUCUCAGAAGCGAAAGCCCGCAGAAAGCUGCUGGGAAGUGGUUGAUGAUGGAACAGUCGUUCUAUCACAGGCAGGCAGGAAGGCAAUCGAGCGGCUUCGUUCGCGACCAGACGACCUUGUCGCAAAGGUCAAGGAAGCCAAUAUUCAGCCGUCCCUGCUGCCCAGCCAUGCCGGACGACAGGGCAAUCGAGAGAAUUGCGUGUGGAGCGUCCAAGCCAUUGUGGAGAAAUGCAACAAAGAGGGCACAAAGUACACCGACCCUCGAUUCGACAUCUGCGCUGAUCCUGCUAAGGCCUUGUAUGUGGAUGCACAUCAACCAGGCUAUGACUGCACAGUUGCCCGACUCCUGGAGCAGCUGGUUAGACUGCUUUCCAGCCGAGCAUCUCGACUCGGGCAAGGGAAGAACGCGGAGUUCUUUUCCCGCCUUUGCUUGCGAGGCUUGUUGAUGGGUGUGAAUUGCAGCUGCGCAGCUGAAGAGCUGGAGCUGAAGCAGAAGGACCUGAAAGAGAAUGCCGACGCGGUCAAACAGGAUAACGACGAGGCGAUACGUGAGAUCCGCUUCGCGAACGCCCAGCCUAUCCUGAACGACAUUGGUGCAGAGGCCUGUGCAGAUGAGGAUGACAAGAGGAACAGCGACAACGCGGUUGCGAAAGAAGAAGAUGAUGAGCCAAAGUCCACGACUUCUAAGGAGUCUACAUGGAACAGGCGAGAUUUUUUUCUGCAGAGCAGCGCGAACGUGCUGACGAAUGCACUUUGUGCUGUCAUCGAGAAUCCUGGUGAUUUCGAGGCCUUCUAUACCGUCAAGGAGAAGGUUGGAGCUGGACAGUUCGGGACUGUUAGUGCUGCGGUAAUCACUUCCAAUGGUGCAGAGCGCGCCGUCAAGACCGUGGAAAAGAAGGCGCAGCGUUCCUUUCUGACAGCACUUCGUGCAGAGAUGGAAAUCAUGAAAGUGCUGGACCAUCCAAACCUGAUCACCAUCUGUGAAAUUUUUGAAAACAGCGAGAACAUCAUCCUGGUCAUGAAGCUCUGCAAAGGACCUCACUUAACGCAGUAUGUCGAGCGGGUUGCCAGCCUGAGUGAGAAGCAGGCCGCUUUCGUGAUGCGAGACUUGCUCCGAGCCGUGGCGUACAUGCACAACUCCCAGGUUUGUCACCGUGACCUGAAGGGCGAGAACUGCCUGAUGCUGAACCAGGGCCCUCCUGAAAGGAAUCGCCUCAAGAUCUGUGACUUUGGCUUGUCCUGCAAGUUCGAACCAGGCGGCUUUUUGAGCGGUAGAAUGGGAUCCGUCUCGCACAUUGGACCGGAGGUUUUGAAAAGCCCAGACAAGUACACUCACGCUUGCGACUGCUGGAGUUGCGGCAUUAUAUUUUACCAUCUCAUUUGCGGUUUUCUUCCUUUUCACGAAGAGAAGGAAGUGCUGAACAACCGGCUCUCUUUUUCGGACCGGCAUUUCUGUGAUUUUUCAGAAGGCGGCUGCCGACUGAUUUCGGCUCUGGUCGAACGGGAUGUGCAGAAGCGCAUGAGUGCGAAGGACGCCCUUUCUCACAAAUGGUUCCUGGAGCACCUCAAGGAUGCGAGAAGCCAUGGCGGCGAUGUGCAGGGCUCUCCGAUGGGCACACAGAGCUCUCCGAUGGGCACACCGCAGUCAAACCCUUCAAACGGUUCGGCCUCGAAUCUUCCGAGUGGGUAUGCGGAGAGAGUUGUGAGGUUCAGGGGAUUCAACAAGUGGAAGCAGUCAGCUUUGCGGGUCAUCGCAAACAUGUUGCCCGAGAACGAGAACAAUGCUGCUCGGGAGUUCUUCUUGACUCUGGACACCGAGUGCCGGGGACAGGUGCCAUGGGCUACGAUGUGUGAGGCGUGCGGCUUUGACGACAUAGACGACGCCCCAAAGGAGGACGUUCGAUUCACGGAGUUGCUGGCGGCAACCUUUGAGAGGAAGAAAGGCUUAAGCGAAAAGAUGCUAAAAGCCGCGUAUCAGAACUAUGACAAAUCUGGAGAUCAGAAGGUGUCGUUACAAGAUCUGCGAGAAGGUCGCCUGAUAGGCCCCCUCACGGCCAAAGACUUCAAGCGCAUCUCUCGCGACAUCGGCGAGAAUCAGCCAGACGACGUCGUUGACUUCGACGGCUUUGUCAAGAUGAUGCGCAUCGACAAGACCGGGCUGCCGCGUAGAGUUGAGAUAGACAGACACAUCUAG